AUGAAGUUAGACGUCAAGCGUGCGCACUCGAUAUCUGCGGCGGCAGCUUUACUUGUGCCAUCUGAGCUGACACGUUUCGAAAUACAGCGCCAGCUCUACGCUCGCAGUGAGCGAGUCAAGGGCAUUGACUUUCAUCCUCACGAGCCAUGGAUUCUCACAACCCUCUACAGCGGCCACGUCUACAUCUGGUCCCACGAAACCCAGCAGAUCGUCAAGACGUUUGAGCUCACCGAUGUCCCCGUUCGCGCCGGUCGAUUCAUCGCCAGGAAAAACUGGAUUGUCUGCGGUUCCGAUGAUUUCCAACUACGAGUCUACAAUUACAACACCUCCGAGAAGAUCACCUCCUUCGAGGCGCACCCCGACUACAUUCGAGCUAUCGCCGUUCACCCCACACAGCCGUUCGUCUUGACUGCCUCCGAUGACAUGACCAUCAAGCUCUGGGAUUGGGAGAAGGGUUGGAAGUGUGUGCAGGUCUUUGAGGGCCAUGGUCACUAUGUCAUGGGUUUGGCCAUCAACCCCAAGGACACAAACACCUUUGCUUCGGCUUGUCUUGAUCGAACUGUCAAGAUCUGGAGUCUUGGUUCUUCUACUCCCAACUUCACCCUCGAGGCACAUGAGACCAAGGGUGUCAACCACGUCGAUUACUACCCUCACUCCGACAAGCCCUACCUCCUCACCACAUCUGACGACCGAACCGUCAAGAUUUGGGAUUACACUACAAAGUCCCUGAUCGCUACCCUCGAAGGUCACACCAACAACGUUUCGUUUGCCUGCUAUCACCCCGAAUUGCCCGUCAUCAUCUCCGGUUCCGAGGACGGUACGAUAAGAAUAUGGCACGCCAACACCUACCGAUUCGAGCAAUCCCUCAACUACAGUCUAGAGCGAGCUUGGUGUGUCUCGUAUCAAAAGGGCAAGCAGGGUGUCGCUGUAGGUUUCGAUGAUGGUGCUGUUGUUGUCAAGCUUGGUCGUGAGGAGCCUGCUGUUUCCAUGGAUGCGUCCGGCAAGCUCAUCUGGGCUCGACACAACGAGGUUGUCUCUUCAAUCAUCAAGGGAGGAGAUGCCUCUAUUAAGGACAACGAGCCAAUCUCCCUCCCCACCAAGGAUCUCGGUACCUGCGAAGUCUACCCCCAAACGCUUAUCCACUCCCCCAACGGUCGAUUCGUCGCUGUCUGCGGUGAUGGCGAAUACAUCAUCUACACUGCCCUCGCCUGGCGAAACAAGGCUUUCGGCUCGGCCCUCGACUUUGCCUGGGCCUCCAAGGACAACAGCAAUGACUUUGCCAUCCGAGAGUCAGCCAUGAGCGUCAAGAUCUUUAAGAACUUUCAAGAGAAGACUGGGGGUCUCGAUGUUGGUUUCCAGGCUGAGAGACUCCAUGGCGGUGUUCUUCUCGGUGUCACAGGUCAAGGUGGUGUCUCCUUCUUUGACUGGGCUACUGGUGGUCUCGUUCGAAGAAUCGAGGUUGAGCCCAAGCAGGUCUAUUGGUCUGAUAGCGGCGAGUUGGUGACGAUUGCUUGUGAGGAUACCUUUUACGUUCUGCGAUUCUCUCGUGAGAACUACGUCGAGGCUGUCCAGUCUGAUCAAGUUGAGGAGGAUGGUGUCGAAGCCGCUUUCGAGGUCAUCACUGACAUUAGCGAGUCUGUCCGAACUGGCGAAUGGAUCGGCGACUGCUUCAUCUACACCAACAGCACCAACCGACUCAAUUACCUUGUCGGCGACCAGACUUACACUGUCUCCCACUUCGACAAGGCCCAGUACAUCCUGGGCUACAUCCAGCGCGAUUCUCGAAUUUACCUUGCCGACAAGGAUGUCAACGUCACUUCUUUCGGCCUGUCCCUUCCCGUUCUUGAGUACCAGACUCUUGUCCUCCGAGAGGAUAUGGAGACAGCCGCUGAGCUGCUACCAACAAUUCCCCACGACCAACUCAACAAGAUUGCGCGAUUCUUGGAAGGUCAAGGUCAUAAGGAGCUUGCCCUGGAGGUUGCGACAGAUCCUGAGCACAAGUUCGAGCUUGCACUGGCGUUGAAUGAGCUUGCUAUUGCUUUGGACCUUGCUCGUGAGGCUGACGCCGAUCACAAGUGGAAGACUGUUGGUGACGCUGCUCUAUCAGCCUGGGAUGUCACCCUCGCUGCUGAGUGCUUCACCCACGCCAAGGAUCUCGGAUCUCUCUUGCUUCUCCACUCAUCAACAGGCGACCGCGAUGGUCUCGCUGCCCUCGCCGCUCAAGCACAAGAAGCCGGCUCUCACAACGUCGCAUUCUCAUGCCAAUGGCUCCUCGGCAACAUCGAAGCCUGCACAAAGAUCCUCACCGAGACAGGCCGUCUCGCCGAAGCCGUCCUCUUCUCCCAGACCUACCAGCCCAGCCUGACUGUACCGGUAGUACACGAGUGGAAGGAGAACUUGGAGAAGAACAAGAAGGGCAGGGUGGCCAAGCUGAUCGGUGUUCCCGGCGAGGACGACGAGCUCUUCCCUGAGUGGGAUGAGUGGCUUAAGCUUGAGAAGGAGGGCGGCGUUAAAGUGGCGGAGCCCGUUAAUGGACAGAAGACUGAGAGCGAGCCGGAGGCUGAGGAGGAGGAGAGUGAGGAGGAUGAGGAAUAA